AGAGAGAGAGAGAGAGAGAGAGAGAGAGAGAGAGGUGCUGUGUUUCAGCAUGCGCGUGUGGUGUGUAUGCAUGUGUGUGAGCAGUUUUCUACCAUGCAUGCGUGAGCUUGUGCAUGUGCGCGUAAAGGAGAGACGCAGUGUUUUAUUUUAAAUGCACGCUUCGGUGAGAUUCAUUUGUGUACAAUGUGUCAGAGGAGGAGAAAUCAAACUGGCUGCAUAAAAUCUAUGUGACUCAAACACAGUCUUCUCUGUGUCUACAAGAGAGAGGGAAGGAGAGAGGAGGAGGAGAGAAAGACUGGAGCUUGAGGCAAAGACAAUCAAAGAUACGGACUCUACGGUCUCAGGAAACGUCAGAAGACAAUUACCAGGCCCUUCAAAGCUCCCAUAUUCUCUGCAGUGAAAAUUAACUUAUAAAUGCACAUGCACACACAGUACUGCUGUGGUUGAAACUCUCUCCGUGUCCACAUGAACACACACACAUGCACACAGAGACUUCCCUGUUCUGUUUUUGCACAGGGCUCAGAUUGAAAGACGUUUUUCUCUAGGUGCCCGGUGUGAAAUCCUGGCUGGACGUGUCUCAUCUUUUCUGCAGUUUCAUGGAAAUAUUAAUUUAGCAAAACCUUGCACACGCACAUUGGAGCAGGAAUUAGAGGAGGAAAUCUGUGUGUGAUCGCCUUAUAGCUAAGGUAUAGAUAUUUCAGGCCUAAUCAAGUCAACAGGAGUGCUACACCAGCGAAAGACAUCAUGACAUCACACGGAAAACUAAGGAAGGAGAAAGGGAGUCUGGCGGAAUAUGAUACACAAAUCAAAGAGAUUCGUGGUCAGCUGUCAGAGCAGCUAAAAAUCCUGGAUGCGCAGCUGGAGGUGAAGACGCAGCAGCUGCAGGAUCUGAGCGAAUACCUGCGCAGACGCGGCGAGAUUGAGACGGAGUAUGCACGGUCUUUGGAGAAACUCAGUGAGAGGUUCACCGUCAAGACCAAAAGAAAGGAGCAGUUGGAUAUGUCUGUGGCUCAGUGCUGGUCGGUUCUGCUGACCCAGACCAGACAGGAGAGCCGCGAUCACAGCUCAUUGAGUGAACUGUGCAGCAACACUCUCACACAGAGACUCUCACACUGCAUUGAGGACACACACCGCCUAGCAAAGCGGAGCAAGGAGGUGGGGCUACAAAUGCAAGACGAGCUCUUGAAAGUCACCACAGAGCUACAGACGGCUUUGAAAACGUAUCAUCAGUACCACAUGGACUCUCUGGCUGCUGAUGGGAAGCUCAAAGAGGCCACACGACUGGAGGAAAAACAAACGGGCAAGUCAGCUGAUCUUGGUCUCAGCCUAUCAGGAGGGCAGAGGCGCAGCUCUGUGAAAAAAAUUGAGAGGCUGAUGGAGAAGAGGCAAGGGAAAGUACAGGAAACUCAGUUGAAGUGCACUAAAGCUCGUAACGACUACUUGCUCAGCUUGGCAGCAGCUAAUGUCACCAUGAAUAAGUAUUAUCUGGAGGACAUUUGCACUCUUAUUGAUUGCACAGAUCUGGGGUACCACCUGUCUCUGUCUCGGGUGAUACGUGGAUACCUCUCAAACAGAAACAAAACCGUCCAGAACACAAAAAAUGGCCUUCAGCAGCUGGAUGCUGCGGUGACUGCACUGAACCAAGGCCAGGAUAGAGAUGCCCUGCUGCAGGCCCACAACACAGCUUUUUGCCUGCCCUUCCGCUUCCAGUACCAACCCCAUGAAGGAGAUCAGGUGUGUGAAGUAAGUGCAGAAGGCCAGGUGAGGUAUGAGCUUGAGACCAGAUUUCAGCAGCUUCAGUCCAGACUGUCCUCCGUUACCCUGGAAACAGAAGAGCUCAGUAAGACUCUCAAGACCACGUAUGCUAAUCUUCUGGAGAGCAUCUGCGAUGAUGACUGCAACCCCACCCCUGAGUCCUCCGCCAUUCAAGCGGUCGAGAGCACAGGCGACGGCACAGGAGUUAAACCGAGCCUGGCAAAACGCAGGGCUAAUCUACAGGACACAGAGACCUUUUACUUUACAAAAGUAAAGGAGCAUAUAUGUGGCAACUCUCUGAUCUCAAAACUCCAGGCCAAACAUGACCUACUUAAAGAAGCCAUACAGAAAGCUGAGUCCUUCGAAAGCGAUUCCUCCAGAAUGCAGCCUGGUAGGGCAGUGCGUGUGCGGAAAGCCAGGCCCUGCUCCCAGUACCAUCACAAACUCUUCACUGGAGACAUGAUCUCCUUCAUACAGAGCUCUGGGCAGCAGAUCCCACUGGUUGUGGAGAGCUGCAUUCGCUUCAUCAACCUGCACGGUCUGCAUCAUGAAGGCAUUUUUAGAGUUCCUGGAUCACAGACUGAGGUUAAUCAUAUCAGAGAUGCCUUUGAAAGAGGAGAAGACCCCCUCACUGAUAGUGAAUGUGAUAUUGAUUCAGUGGCAGGAGUUCUCAAGCUUUAUUUCAGAUGUCUGGAGAAGCCGCUGUUUCCUGAAGAAAGCCUUAGCCAGCUCAUGGAGUGUGUCCAUAUUGAGAAUAUAACCGAGAAAGUAGCUCAGAUAAAGACACUGGUCUCGUCCUUCCCCAGACCUGUGGUCAUAGUGAUGCGUUAUCUCUUCGCCUUCCUUCAUCAUGUCUCUCAGUACAGUGAUGAAAACAUGAUGCAGCCCUAUAACCUGGCCGUGUGCUUUGGACCGAGUCUGCUCAGGGGAGGGGAUGAAGUGACCCUGGCACCUCAAAUCAAUGACCUGGUCAAGACUACAAUUCUCCAUUAUGAGAACAUCUUCCCCGGGCCGUCCGAACUCCCAGGCCCGGUCUAUGAGAAAUGCAUGACUCUAGAGCAGGAAUAUUGUGAACCAAUCACAGAGGAGGGCGAAGUAGAUGCUGAACCACUUCCCAGCGAAGAUGAAUGGGAGGCAGUGGCCAUGUUUGAUUAUGUUGCACGCUCUGCAGCCGAGCUGUCAUUCAAGCAGGGUGACCACUUCGUACUGCACAGCAAGGCCUCUGUUGAUUGGUGGAGAGGAGAAAUAGGAGGAGUGAAAGGCCUGAUCCCACAUAAGUACAUCAGUGUGGCGGAGGGGGCGGGGCUCAAGGAACGAGGGAAGAAAGAGGACAGUCGAGGGGGCAGCACAGGAAAUCUAGCAGAAGAUCAACAGCUUGCUGAACCCAGUCAUCGAAUGAGGGUGAACAGUGACAGCGCUUCUCUACCCUGCCGGCAAAGGACAGGCAGUGGAGGCAUCAGUGUAGGUGUAGGCGGCAGUGCUGUAGGUGCAAGCGGCAGUGGAAGUGCAGGCGGCAGCGGAAGCGGAAGCCCGAUACGGAAAUUCAACCUGCCGAUACCUGAGGGACGAUUUGUUCUUCCUGCACAGACAGCUGCAGUUGCACGUCAGUUCUCAGGUCAUCAAGAGCGCAGACAUACUUUAGACACUUUGAGGCCAAUACCUACAGAAAGACAGACGGUGCAUAUCGACAAGGAGGUCAGUCGCCAGAUGAACUCUGUCUUCAAGGAGUUGUUGUCUCGUCAGCCUCCUCAAGAAGUCUCGGUUUCGAGUGCUCCUCCGUCCUCUCCUCCCGCAACCACUCCUGCGGUAUCUUCUGUCCCUUCUCGAGGUUCAGUCAAGAGGGGAACGUUCAGUCUGCGCAGCAAGGGUCUCUUCAAAGCCCAAGAACAACAGGACUGAUAGAAAGGGAGAAAAACGUAUACACAAGUUAAUCUGUGUAUUAAGUGAAUUUGAGUAUGAGUGUCAACUCAUCACAAAUAUGAAUAUAUUUUUCCAGACGUUCAGUAUAUGGUACUCUUUACGCCUUAACUAAAGUUUAUCUGAAACUAUUUCGAGCAUAAGCAAUCACUCAGCCAGUGAACCAGUGAUUUGUUUUGUGUGAGACCGAGUAAUUGAUCCUUUGAUUGGUUGUAUUUGUUUUAGCUUUGAUGAGACUUAAUCAUACAUCUAUCACAGUGAUGUUCAGUGGAGUUUUUUACCGUAGUGUCGUUAUUGAGAAAUGUCUGUUACUGCUGUAUCUGUUUUAUGACGUGAAAGACAGCAGACCAAAAGUCCCUCAAACAACAGAUAAAGCCCUGUGGUGUCUGUGCCGUGGGAAUGACGUCAGUAAGACAGAGUCCACAUUGCUUGUUAUGGAUACAAAUGCACCACAAAUGUAGAACUAGAGUUUUUUUU